AUGGCUUUCAUGGAGAAUUACCUGCUAGGCGCAGUAAUUGGCAACGGCGGCUAUGGAACCGUAUACAAAGCCACGUGUCUAAAGACUGGACAGGAGUUUGCCUUAAAAUGUUACAAGCGCGGCGUAGAGGAUGCGACCGUGAGGGAGUUAUCCUGUCUCUCGGCACUACAGGGUCAGCCUCAUGUGAUCCAGAUGCACGACUGUUUUAUCCACAACGGAAUGAUGGCCAUGCUCAUGUCCUACGCACCCUACACGUUGGCGGAUGUGAUUCACAGUAGACUAGGCCGAGCGCUAGAACCGAUUCCGUUGAGUUUCGUCGCUCGGUUUUCAGUUGAGGUGGCUCACGCGCUGUCUUACAUGCACGGACUGAACCUGGUCCACCGGGACCUGGCACCGGUCAACGUGCUGCUGACAGAAGAUCUAACCGUAAAGGUGGCUGACAUGGGCCUGUCUAGACAUUCCUCUAAGUGGAUGACCACACUUGUGGUCACGGAGCCGUACAGGGCCCCUGAAUUGUUCGUUAAAGACGACUUUGCACAGUACACUUGUACCAUAGACAUGUGGAGCCUGGGGGUAAUGAUUGUUGACGCUGUGGAAAAGCGAGUGGUAUUCUCGAAACCUGGGGUGUCCACGUACCAGAUCAUUGUAAAUACCUUGUGCCCCAAAGACCACCCCAGUGCAUCACCCACACCUUGGAACCCCAAGACCGUAAUGCCCAAGGUGAUGGCGUGUAAGCUAGUCAAAAGGAUCGUCUUCCAGUUGCUGGCCUUUCGCCAGAACGAGAGACUUUUGGCUCACAAGCUGCUAAAGGAUACAGAAUUGACUGGGGCUGCUUAUAUGACCGAAGAUGACAGAGACCUGGUCAGAGACCGGAUUGAGCGUCAGCAGUAG